ACUGCGUGAAGCCGCUCUCCCUUCUCCUUUCGGCAGCCGUACGGUGCGGACGUGUGUAAUUAUUUUGUUAGCACGAGCUUCUCUGCGAAGUGUUCUUGUACAACCGUAUUUAAAUAGCGCGCAGUCUUUCUAGUCCGUGUUUUAAAAAAACGUUGUGUUUUCCGUAUUGGCACAACGUUCCAUAAAAAAACAGUUGAUUAAACAAAUUACGAAGGAACUUUUUGAGUAAAAAAAAACUGACGCUAGACAGUAACAUGGCCGAUCAGGAGAACAAGGACUUCAGCGAGGAUGUUGGUGACCAGACUUUCGAGCAAAACGGUGAAACUGAGAACGGCGGUGGUGACGCCACGGAAAAUGGACAGGAAUCUCAAGAAGACAGGUCGGCCGGGGCUAACCAGGAGUCUCUGAACGAUAGGAAAUUGUUUGUUGGAGGUCUCAGCUGGGAAACCACAGACAAGGAAUUAAGAGAUCACUUUGGCACUUACGGUGACAUCGAAAGCAUCAAUGUCAAGACAGACCCAAACACAGGACGAUCGCGAGGUUUCGCUUUCAUCGUAUUUGCCAAGUCCGAAUCAUUAGAUAAGAUCAUAGCAGCACCCGACCACACGAUAAACAACAAAAAAGUCGAUCCCAAAAAGGCGAAGGCCCGUCACGGUAAAAUCUUCGUUGGUGGAUUGUCGACAGAACUUUCUGACGAUGACAUCAAAACCUUCUUCUCUCAAUUCGGCUCCAUCGUUGACAUGGAAAUGCCAUUCGACAAAACGAAGAAUCAAAGGAAAGGCUUCUGCUUUAUCACGUUCGAGUCCGAGCAGGUCGUCAAUGAAUUGCUCAAGACACCAAAACAGACGAUAAAUGGAAAAGAGGUCGACGUGAAAAAAGCAACUCCUAAACCCGACGGUAUGGGAGGCAUGCGCGGUGGAGCUGGAGCGCGAGGUGGUCGAGGAGGACGAGGAGGCCGUGGACGAGGAUUCGGCGGUCAAGGUGGCUGGGGACAGGGUGGAUACGGCGGUGGUUAUGGUCAAGGUGGCUACGGCGGCGGCUAUGAUGGCUACGGUGGUGGUUAUGGCGGCGGAUACGAUUACUAUGGCGGUGGGUACGGAGGCUAUGGUGGCUACGGCGACUACACCGGAUACGGUCCCCAGUCCCACAACAAAUCUCAUAACUCGUCAAAUCAUCAUUCCAUGAAAUCCCGCCAUUAUUUACAACCACGCAGAGAACUGCCGCAAAACAAUUUCAGUCAUCAAGAGCAGCGAAAAAAGCAGUAGUAUUUUCUUUUUUUAAAUUAUUUAGAGGAACAAAAAAAGAAAGGAAAAGUCCCGCACGCUCGUAAAGGCAAAACGUUUAUAUAUGUACAUAAACGAACAUACACACACCCACUCAUAAACACACACCCGGAAAUGAAAAAUUCGUACGUUAUGUACGUGUUUGUCCUACAUAUGCAUAUGUAUGUAUGUUAAAAUUAUCAGACAACAGAAAAGGGGCAAAACUGUUCGCGGUUACGCUAGACUGCGUUUCAUUUUUCUUUUCGUAUUCGUGAAGGAAAAAUAAAACAAAAAUAUGCCCUCUCUCGUACAAAAAGCGAAUAUUUCAUGUCGUCCAUUGGUUUGUAUUUACACUUAUCGUAUUUAUCAUUAGUCCUCGACGAUCGAACAGUCGCUCGGAUAAUAAGACAAAAGUAAGAAAUGAAUUUUCAAAAAAUGAAAUUAUAAAUAAAUGAAAAAAAAAAACAAACAAAACACAAGUUGGAGAAUUCAAUUUGCAACGAGUCGGUCGUUUCAUUGAAUUUUGUACGAGUGAGGAGAGGAAAGUAAAAUCGCACUGGAACUAAAGGAAAACGACGGUUUUACGCGGGUUUUUUUCUAUCAUUUGAAAAAAUACCACAAUUCCUCUUACUAUAGAAGAAACAAAACGAAAAGAACAAAAAAAAAUAAUCCUUUUUCUCCAUUCGUCCCUUCCAUAUUCUCGUACAACGGACAUGGAAAUAAGCGUUGAUAACCAUGUCAUGAAAUUUUUUUUUAACGAUAAGGUUAUUUUAAUUUUGUCUAUAACUAAACUUAACGAGAAAUAGGCGAUCACCUACUAUACUAUAACGGAGUAAGCAGGCAAUGUACUUUUUACAUGAUGAUGAAAACAAAAAACAAGGUUCUGAUACGAAAGAAAAAAAAGAGUGGGAGAGCUCCAAGGGUGCAGAAAAACAGUCGGUAAACUGUUCAUCUGAAUUGAGCGAGAGAGAGAGAGUGUGGAAAAAAGUGAAAAAGAAAAAUAAUGUGGUAAAAAGAUUAUUGCUUUCUUAACAAUCUAAGAAUUAUAGGAUACAAUAAAUUCAUUUUGUGUACAUAAAGCAUCUUGUAUACUUCUCGAGCUUGAGUUUCAAUCCAUUAAACAAAAAACCAAAACCGACUCAAACGAUAUCCUGGUGACGAAUUUUUUUUCUUGGUUUUCUUGAAACUAUAAUCUCUAACCGUCGUUGAAUGAUUCACGCGCGUGUGUGAUGCGUGAAACGUCCCUUGCGUAUUCCAUUUAUGCGAAUCAUUAAUGAUAUAGAGACGAGGGAGAUUGUGAAAAAGCAAAAACGAUCAAGUCAAAUCGUGCUCGAGUCGAUCGCAAUCAACAUUAACAGUAUUUCUUAUCUUUUUUUUUUUAAUCUAUUCCAAUAUUAAGGAAAUAGGUUAUAGAUCUCGAUGAUCCUGAAUACAGAAAAGGUUUAUCGUGCAGAAUAAUCGUCCGCGUAUUUUUUUUUUAUCCUACUAUUGAAUAACUCAUCGGAGAUGCUUUUGACCGAUCCACUUACUUCCUUAACAUCUUGUCCAUUCGGAAUAGCGAUGAUGGGUGUUCAUCUCGCAACUUUGAAGAAUUAUAUUUGGUAAGCACCCGGAAAUACAAUCGUUGCAAGUUCAGAUUGGUCUGAAAGAAGAAGCCUCAACGAAAAUAUGAAUUUUUCUGGAACUAGGUGUUUUCGGAGCAUCUAAAGGUCCGUUUAUCUCAGUGUUCAGGAAAAAAAAAUAACACAUUUUCUAUAGACAUUUGUUUUGUUAACUGUACAUUGACUUGACAAAUUCAAUAAAAUAAAUUAAUGAAAAUAUGAAA